AUGAGCAAAAGCACUGGACAAGGUGGAUCGACUAAUGAGCUACUCGAUAACCGAGCUAAGUAUGGCUGCUUUGGUCCUUUUCCAAACACAAUGGAUUCUAACGACAUACCAUUAUGUGGGCCAUAUAUUAAUUUUAAUAGUGCUCAAGAUAAAAGAAGAAGAUUAAUGAGAAAUGGCUCAGACAUCCCUAUUGAUUUAUCAGACUCUACUUCGCCUCAUCCUACCCUCGAUCUUAAUAGACUUCCAAUUCCUACUCAAGUUCCUCUUCCUGACGUAGAGGUUGAUUCUCCAUCCUCUUCGUCGAAAAUUAGAAAUACUAUGGUGGUGGGCAACAUAUUGGGCUUCGAGGUCGAGGAUGACAACUCGAUUCUUAAGGAAGUUCUUGGUGAGGAUGGUGAGAACCAAAUUAUACAAUGA